AUGGGAAUAAUUGGGUAUAUUAUAAUUGUGUUAGCUCUUAUUUUGAUUCUAAAUUGGGUAUGGAAAACAUUGAAUUGGGUUUGGUUUACUCCCAAAAAGCUUGAAAAGCAUAUGAGAGAACAAGGGUUGAAAGGAAAUCCCUACAAAUUGUUGUAUGGUGAUACUAAAGAAAUCUUGAGUAUGCGUAAUCAAGCGACGGAAAAGCCCAUUUCUUUUAAAAAUAAUGAUCACGUUUCCCGUAUUUUUCCCUUCCUUUGUCAUCAAAUCAACACAUACGGUGAAAAUUGUUGGACAUGGCAAGGGCCUGUACCGAUCAUACAUGUCCAAGCACCAGAGCUAAUGAAAGAUGCGUUAUCUAGGAUGAACGACUUUAUAAAGCCGAAACUGAACCCACUUAUUGACAUGCUUGUACCUGGAGUUUUUAGCUACGAGGGCGAAAAAUGGACCAAACACAGGAGGUUGAUCAACCCUGCUUUCCAUGUUGAAAAGCUUAAGUUUAUGCUUCCGGCAAUAGGCACAAGUGUCACUGAAAUGGCCAACAAAUUGGACAAGAGGUUAUCCGAAUCAGGUUCUGCUGAGGUGGAUGUGUGGCCGUACAUGACAAGCCUAUCCGCGGAUGCUUUGUCUCGUGCUGCUUUUGGAAGUAGCUACAUCGAAGGAUGUAGAAUAUUUGAACUACUAAAGGAUCAAAUACAAAUCAUUAUGCGAGAUUUCUAUUCUUUUCAAAUCCCUGGUUGGAGGUUUGUACCAACAGAGACGAAUAGGAAGAUGAACAAAAUUAAUUCAGAAAUACAAACAUUAUUGACGGGAUUAAUUGACAAGAGAAAGAAGGCCAUGGAGGCCGGAGAAGCUGCUAAGGAUGACUUGUUAGGGAUUUUGUUGGACUCUGACUUUAAAGCGUCUGGUAGUAAUAAUAAGCAACAAACGGCCAUGACUUUCCAGGAUAUAAUCGACGAAUGCAAGUUGUUCUACUUCGCAGGACAAGAGACUACCUCGGUUUUGUUGGGUUGGACAAUGGUUUUAUUGAGCAAACACCAAGACUGGCAAACUCGUGCAAGAGAAGAAGUCUUGGAAACCUUUGGAAAGAAUCAACCUGACAUUGAAGGACUAAGCCGGUUAAAGAUAGUGACAAUGAUAUUGUAUGAGGUGUUGAGAUUGUUUCCUCCUGUAAUAGAAGUGUCUCGUGCAAUACCAGACCGCGAAACAAAGCUUGGAAAUAUAUUAGUCCCAGCUGGUUCAGUGGUGAGUCUGUCAAUCCUUCAUACACACCACGAUAAAAGACUAUGGGGUGAUGAUGCACAUGAUUUCAAACCAGAUAGAUUUGCAGAAGGGGUUGCAAAGGCAACUAAAGGCAAAAUGGCAUACUUUCCCUUUGGUUGGGGACCUAGGAUCUGUGUUGGUCAGAACUUUGCAAUUGCUGAAGCUAGAAUGGCAGUAUCCAUGAUUUUGCAGCGCUUUGUUUUCGAGCUUUCCCCGUCUUAUACUCAUGCUCCUACCACCAUUUUAACUCUUCAGCCCCAAUUCGGUGCUCAUUUGAUUGUACAUCCGUUACAAUCAUGAUUAGCUUCAAUGGCGUGCAAACAUUAUGUCAGAGGAUCGGCAUAUUCGACUUCAAUUCGCCUGUACUAGUUUCACAAGAGGAUAAGCUCGCCUGGCUACUCGAGCUUCUUG